UAGUCAAAUGAAACUUCAUUCAAUACUCAAAUCAAACCUUUCCUUCAAUUUUCUCAAGACUUAGGAACACAAAACCUAGGAUGCUAAGGAGCACUGAUCUAAGAAGGGAGUUGAAGAUUAAACCAAAGUUAUUGACUCUGGAUGGAGUUAAGGAGAACGUAAAUCAAAGUGGAGGUACAUUAACCAACAUUGUGCAGAAUAAAUCACCACCCAAAAGUAGCACUUUACAAAGAAUGGAGGGAGUAUGAAGGGACUCAAAAAAGAAAGAGAAGCGAGUUUAAUUCUGUAUGAUGCACUGAGUAAUUAGAGAACAAAUUUGAAUCAUUUUAAUUUUAUUAAUUGGGAACUGCAGGGGAGCCGGUUCCUGAAAAGAGGGCAUCAUGACAAAAACACAAAAUUAAGUUGGUCCUCUUGGCGACAAGGAGAAGCGUUCGGCCAUGUGUUUGCUUGUGGCGCAUCAAUAUAAAGCAACUUUAAGUAGUUCUGCGGUGGACACACGUGCAGUGCCAUAGACAAAUAAUGGCAAAUUGUGCCUCGUUGAUCUGCAUGAGUCUCAUCUAUUUUACUUUUUAUCUCAAUUUUAUCUGUUCCUAAAUUCAUUGACAUUGUUGAUCAACUGAUCUUCCAGUUCCUUGACGGACGACCUUGCAUCCAACUUCAGGUUCUAGUUUGCGUUCUUCCAUGGGUCGCAAUAAGCUUGUGAUGAAGAAAAUUGAGGAUUCAACAUCCCGUCAGCGGACCUACUCUAAGCACAAGGAUAGUUUAGUUAAGAAGGCAAAUGAGUUGGCUAUUUUAUGUGACACAGAUGUUGCUCUUUUGAUGUUUUCUCCAACUGGUGAAGUGACCCGCUAUUCUAGCAGAGGAAGUGUUGAGGAUGUUAUGCUCCGUAUUGUGAACAAUCCUGGCGAACUGAACAGGGGACCCAUUUCUAAUGAACAGCAUCUCGCUCAGAGUCUCACAGAGUCAAAACAUGAAGGACAAAUGGUGGAAAAGAUUGCUGUUGCCGAGGAUCAUAAGAAGAAGCUUAUGAUGCUCAAUCAAAAACUAAGUGAAGCACGAGAGAAACUAAGGUGUUAUGAACCGCAAGUGGAGAAUAUCAGCUCAGUCCAAGAAGCUGAUGCAUACCAGGAGUUCCUUCUGAGUGCUAUGGAACAGAUACGAUCACAAGCUAGACUCUUGGGUGGCAAAGGAUAUCUUCAGACAAAUGAAAAUGUUGGGGUGGCUUCGGUCAACGCAGAGGUUACCGCUGCUGCAGGUAAUGGAUCUGCAUAUUCAAAUCCAUAUAGUUGAGGAACCAGUAGGGCAUACAAGCUGUGAGGAAAUAGACUGGAUCGCGACGGACCGAGCAUUAGCUUCUGGCGUCGAACAGCUCUAGCAGGAAUUAUAUUAUAGUAGUCUAUGUUUUAAGAACUUAGUAGAAAAUAACUUGCACACAUCAGGCAAGCAAAAGUAUCUUUUAUUAAUGCAACUUUUAGAGUUGUAGUUGUUGUAUGGCAUCAAACAUAGAUAUUGUGUUUGAAAUAGAAAACAAUUUGGUUUGGUAUUUAUUUUAACAAUGUUUGCAUC